CGCCGGAAUGUCUCAUAUUACUGUUGAGAGAAACAGGAGGAGGCAGAUGAAUGAGCAUCUCAAAGUUCUACGUUCUCUAACUCCUUGCUUCUACAUCAAAAGGGGUGAUCAAGCAUCAAUCAUUGGGGGAGCCAUAGAAUUCAUCAAAGAAAUGCAGCAGCUAUUGCAUUCAUUAGAAUCCAAGAAGAAGAGAAAGUGCUUGAGCCCAAGCCCAAGUCCAAGCCCAAGGCCAUCGAUCUUAUCUCUCACUUCCCCACCACCCCUAGCAAGCAGUAGCCCUAAUUUUGAGGUUGUCAAGGAGCUCAGUGCUUGCUGUAACUCCUCUGUGGCAGAUGUUGAGGCCAAGAUCUCUGGUUCUAAUGUUAUUCUAAAGACACUUUCGAAGAGCAUUCCUGGUCAGAUGGUGAAGAUAAUCACUGUGUUGGAGAGGCUGGGCUUUGAGAUUCUUCAUCUUAGUAUCAGCAGUAUGGAGGAUACUGUGCUUUACUCCUUUGUCAUUAAGAUUGGACUCCAAUGCCAGCUUAGUGUGGAGGACUUGGCUUUGGAAGUACAACGGAGCUUUAGCCAAGAGUUACUGGCUUUUUGAAGUCGAAUGAAAGUCACGAGAAAAAUUUGAGUAUGUAAGAAGUACGUAGCG